AUGAAGGGAAACAUGAUGUUCUUUGCUCAACUGUGUUUACUGCUUUGCUGGAUGCUGCCUGUAGACUCUAUGACUGAGUUUAAUGUUGCAGUCCGGACAGAAAGAAGCAAGUACAAUAGUUCCUCAUUCCAAUUCCACUUCUGCUCCAAACAUUACUUACUAGCAGGUAUACUCCCUCUUGUGACUUCUAAUGAGACCUGCUUUAAAAUUAAGACCUGUUCAGGUGCUUUUUUGAAAAACUAUUCAUAUUAUGAUCAAGAGAAAGAAGUGCUCAUCCCUCCCUAUGAGAUGUUCAUGAUGAGAUAA